CUGGCAGCAACCAGCACCCUGUGUGUGGGUGCCCUGGCCUGGGCCCCUCUCACUGACCUCUUCCGUCUAUGGGCAAAGCGUCAAGCACCUCGAGUGCGCCGUAGCCCAGGGAGCUGUGCAGGACGAGCUGUGUUGCCAGACCAUUGAGAAACGGCUGGGCGGCUGCUGUGCUUGGCAGGAGCUUGUGUCUCCCGGCUGGUGACAGCCCCAGGCCCUGCAGGUGGGCAGGGCUUCCUAAAGCCCGUCUUCCUGAGCCACUGCUGGGCACCCUGCCCCGGGGGCUGCCGGCUCCUAUGCCCAUCCGUGGUUCUCCGCGCAAUGCUCCAGCCUCCGCAGGGCUGGCUUGGGGGCUGUGGUGCCGCCGGGACCCUUCCAAUCUCUAUCCCAAGCCCUGUCCAGGGUAGUGCCCUCCACCUGGAGGGGCAGCCUGCGGCCCUCCUGGAGUCCCUGGACCCUUCCUGGGCCACCCCACAUCGUGUCCUCACCUCGGAGCACACCUUGAGCCUGUGUGCUCACCAUGACCAGGCAGGGACGGCUCGUGCAUCCUGGAGACGGAGGCGUCCCGAGGAUCGGACGAGGCCUGGCUCUGCACAGCCCGUGGGUUCGCCCAGGCCUUGGGGUCAGCGCCCCUCGAGCCACCGCCCUCGGACUCAGAGCCGAGUGAAGGACAUGCCUGUGGAGGCCCUGCGCCUGGCAGGACGUGACUGGACCCUCAGAGGCAGCCUGUCCAGCCCAGAGUGGACAGAAGGAAAAGGAGGAAAGGGAAGGAGCUCCGGCUCCUCCGGGUCUCCACGGAGCCCACAGAUGCCCGGGCACCCGGGAUGCCCAGGAGCACCAGUUGACAUCACCAGGCGGCCACAGAGAUGGGACCGAGCAGGGAGAGAGCGUGAAGACCUGUCUGCAGGUGGCACCGCGGCCCCAGGCCCCGCGCUCAGAGCCCCACAAAGGCAGCAGGGGACAUCGGAUGCUGAACCGGAGAAGGGGUGAGGUGCUGGCGUCCAACAGGCCCCGCCGCCUGCGAGGACCAGCACUGACGCCUCGGGAACUUGGGGGCAGCGGGGCCCCCCCAGAGGCCGGGCCUCGGCUUCCUCUCAGCCCCUCCGGGGUCGCUUCUGCAGCAGCCGCCCAGACUGACUCUAACUCUUGCUGUUCUGAGAAGUCCCCUCCAGAGUGCAGGCAAGGCACAGAGCAGGAGAGCGCGCGUGGGUGGGGUCACACCGGGCCAGUCCUGUGACUCAGUUUCUUUUUACGUCUGUUGUGGCUGGCUGCGCUUUCUUUGUGGCCCAUGGAGCCCUGGGCACUUGCCUUUUAGUAAACCAGGUAGUGAAAA